AUGGCAACCCUUCUACGCCAGAUUGUCGCAAGUCCUCGGGCACGUCACCCAGAGGCCGGCCUUGACCUAUGCUACGUGACAGACAACAUAAUUGCAACGUCUGGACCUAGUUCAGUAUGGCCCAAGAAAGCCUAUCGAAACCCUACAGACCAAUUGGUCAAAUUUCUCGAUAGCAAACAUCAAGCAGAAUGGUCAAUAUUCGAGUUCCGCGCUGAAGGGACAGGGUACCCCGACCAUGAGGUCUACAACCGCAUCCACCAUUUUCCAUGGCCUGACCAUCACCCGCCGCCUUUCGCUAUAAUACCAGCUUUGAUGGCGAGUAUGCGGAAUUGGGUGCAAGGAGAGGAGACACCAACCGAAAUGCUAGAAGAGAGCUCUGAGACCGCAAGAAAGAGACGGGUUGCUGUUUUACACUGCAAAGCUGGAAAGGGCCGAAGUGGUACAGCCGCCUGUUCUUACCUGAUCAGUGAGGAGGGUUGGAAGAAAGCUGACGCGCUACAACGAUUUACUGAUCGAAGGAUGAGGGUAGGCUUUGGCUAUGGAGUUAGCAUACCCAGUCAACUGCGAUGGGUGGGUUAUGUCGACAGGUGGACCAACCACAUGAACAAACGAUACAUUGAGAGACCAGUGGAGAUCGUUGAGCUUCAUAUCUGGGGCUUGAGAGAUGGUGUCAAGGUGGCUGUGGAAGGCUUUGUGGAAAACGGUCGGCGAAUUCAAAGUUUCCACAUUUUCAAGAAGAGCGAAAAGAUCGUCGUGGAUGACGGUGAGUCCCCAAUGGACACAUUGCAAUCUUCACAAAUCAGCUCUCCAUCUUCUGCUAGCAGUCUCCUAAGCAAUGGCACCCCAUUCGUCAAUACUCCAAUGUCCCCAACAGGUACAUCCCCCACCCACGACCUUCCUAACGCCCCGACACGAGCCACCUCAAUCGGAGCUACAGUCCUGCUCAAACCUACCACGCCAAUUAUACUCCCUACAAGCGACAUCAAUAUCGACUUCGAGCGACGCAACAAAGCCUCUUAUACCGGCUGGACCAUGGUCUCAAUGCCUAUUUUGAGGGAGGCCAUGAGGGCAAUGAUUCGGGCGUUUUCGAAAUCGACUGGGAAGCUAUGGAUGGCAUAA